AUGAUUUAUGUUAUUUUUCUAAUCUCACAUUGUCUAUCCUCUAUUAUUGAAGUUAAUUUCAAUGAUAACUCAAAAUGGGAAGGUGAGUUUCAAAAUUCAUCCAACAAUACUUAUAGAAUCAAACAUAAUGAUUAGGUCUAAUAUUUUUUUUAUAUCAAAGUGGAACUAGAUAUAAUAAAUCCAAAAUUUAUGUUGUUGGCUGAAAAGUAUUAACCUAUUUCAAAUCCAUUUUCACCAAUUCUCAAAGAUGGAGAAAAUGUUGAUGCAACAAAGUAAUAACUUCCCAUAAUUCUAUAGUCUAUAUGAAAACAGAUAAAUAAGAUUUCUCAAAAUUGCAUCUUUUGAUUAAAAUAUUUAUGUUACAACAAUUGGUAAUGUUGAAGGAUAAAGGUAUAAGAUAUCAAUUGUAAAAACAAAGAAUUCUUCCAUUUGUUAAAAUGAUUGUUCAGGAAAUGGCAUUUGUGAGGUAUUAUUUGAUCUAUUAAAGGAACAAGGAUGUUUUUGUGCAAUGAAUUAUACAGGAAUUGAUUGCAGUUACUUUGCUACACCAAUAAUUGAUAAAAUUUCAAUAAUUGAAUACUAAAAUGAAAAAAACUACUUUACUUUCUUAACUUUACCUACUUCUUCCCUUUAAGGUUAAUAAUUCAUUCUAAAAUUUAAAGUAAUUUACUCCUUUUUAGUUUUAGACAAAUAACUCUAUAGGUUUAUAAAUUUUAGUUUAUAAGACAUAGGCUAUCAUUAAUCCUUUUGAAUAGCUUUCAUUUAAUCCAAAAUUAUGUGAUAUAUUUUAAGUUUCUAAAAAUAAAGAUCUAGAAUUACUUUUAAUGGUACCAGAAACGUUUAAAUAAAGAUAAAGAAUUAAUUUUGGAAUUAAGACUAUUUUUCCUAAUUUUAUAUUGUAAGAUUUAGAAAUCUCUAUAGAGGAAUAUACAAAAGAAGAAAUUAUAUAUAUAUCAGAUACUAUCAUAAUAAUCAUUAGUAUUAGUUGUGUUGUUUUUGUAUCCUUAAUUAUAGUAUUCUGUUGUUAUAAACAUUAUUAAAGAAAAUAAUUACAAAGAAGAAUGAUGAUGUAGAAUUAAGAAGCUCUACAUUCAGGAUAAGAUAAUCACCCUAUUAUACCUUAAUAGAUUUAACUUGAAGAAAUUUGUUAGAAAAACUUUUUAUAAAUGUUAUCUUCAAAAGAAAUUAAUCCAGAUGAAUAUUGCUCUAUUUGUUUAGAACCUUUAAAAUCAGCUUUAGAAGUUAGAUAAACAAGAUGCCAGUAAUUAUUAUUAGUUAUUUUUUUAGUCAUAAUUUUCAUACCUAAUGUAUAAAUUUAUGGUUAGAGAAAGCCAAACAUGAAUGUCCUAUAUGUAGAUAAUAACUUGAACUUAAAGCAUAGGAUGAAAUAUUAAGAACUUGA